AUGAACAUGGCAGCUGAAUACUUGAACGAGAAUUUCAUCGAGGAAUUUCCUCCUCCUCCCACCUUAACUUCCUACCGCCUAAGAUUAGGAGACGACGACGAAGACGACGACGUCGAGGAACUGAUUGAUAGUUCGAAGAGUCAGGUGUGGAUGAAUAAAAGAAUGGCUGGGGAUGGAAUGAGAAAGAGAAGUGACGCCAUGUUAUUUAGUGAUUGCGAGUCUUCUUGUGAGGAAACAUUAUCUGGUCAUAGUACAGUCAUGUUUCUGACAAACGAAACAUUACAAGAAAUAGCAUACAAGUUGAAUAAGAAAAAUCCGUUUGAGGUUAUGAUAACGAUGAUGCUGAUUUUGUUGUUCGCUAAAAGAUCGGGUUUUGUGGAGGUCGAUGGUGACCAAUGUCCUGAAAGGAUAAGGCACGAGAGAGAAGAAGAAUCUGAUUCUAAAAAUAUCAUUCCCACUUAG